GCAGACGCCGGAUCAGUGCGGGCCUGGGCUGUUCACGCGACCUGACGGAGAAAACCCCCGCCGUAGACUCGUCGGAGGACUUUUUUCGCAAGCACCGCCAGCGCCGCCGAGAGCACGCGCGUGUUGUGUGUGUUUCUUCUUUUCCGGCGCGUGCUGCGAGACCUUCGGAGAGAAAAGAACCUUUCCGGGCCACAACGGCCAAGAAUCGAGCCGUCCUGCCAAGUCCUGCAUAACCCGUACAAGGCUGGCUUGCGCAGAAGUACAGUAGCACCAAAGGUGACGGCAGCUGAAGGACUCCAAAGCCAGAAAUGCAGUGGGGCGCCUUGGUUUUAUUCCUCGGCGCGGUUGCGUCGCAUCUUGCUGAUGGCGGCUACAUCUUCACGGCGCCUAAAAUAUUGCGUAGCGAAACGGACGCCCUGUUUCGACUAACGCUCACCGACGUCAAAGAAGAUGGCAAGGUCACCGUCCGGCUCCUCAAGUACAAUAACGACAGCGUCGUCCUGGCGGAACAAGAGUACGACAUCAAGAACGGUGAAAGUGCCUUUCUACCGUUCCGAGUGCCCGAGCAUCUCGACAGUCAAGCAAAGAUCGAAGUAAAUGGAACUUUCGGAAGCUAUGUCUUCGGCGACCGGAAGGAGAUCGACUUCCAGAAGUCCAAAAACACUGUUCUUGUUCAGUCGGAUAAGGCACUAUACAAGCCGGGGCAGAAAGUUCAAUUCCGUGUCCUGCCUAUCAAUAACGAGCUGAAGCCUGUCACGGAUGUCAAGGCUACCAUUUAUGUCACGAGCCCCAGCGACGUUAGGAUAGCUCAGUGGAACGAUGUCUCUUUUGAAAAAGGCAUCGUUCAGCGAGAUUUCCAGCUCACAGAAGAGCCUGAGUUGGGUCUGUGGCAGAUCGUCGUCGAACUUCCCACACAAACUGUGAGACAGCACUUUGAAGUUAACGAAUACGUGUUGCCAAAGUUCGAGGUCACCAUAAAGCCGCCAUCCUACGUUCUCGCUGAUGCCAAGGAAAUCACGUGGAAGAUUUGCGCCCACUACACCUUCGGCCAGCCUGUCGAUGGAACGUUGACAGUGAAUGUGACGUAUGAGCGCUACAGCUGGGAGAAGGACGAUUACCCCAAGAUCAACCACACGGGACCCAUCAACGGCUGCUACGACAUGACGGUUAACACGACGCUACUUCGCUUCAACGAGAACUACGAGAUCUACAAGCGCAUCUCGCUCGUGGCACAAGUGAAUGAGACCGGAACUGGUGUGACGAUGAACAAGACGAACUUCAUCAGUCGCAGUUUCAACCCUCUCGAGCUCAACUUUUUGGAAGGAGAACACGGAAAGAAUUACUUCAAGCCUACCAUGCCCUUCUACGGCAGGCUUCUAGUGAAGAAGCCCGACGGCGUUCCUGUGGGCGGAGAGCUCGUGCAGCUUUGUUUGCUGUCACAGUCUGAGGAGAUUAAGCCGCGCUGGUGGCGAACGGACCGCCGACUCAGCUGCAAGAACUACACCUCGGACGAGUCUGGCAUCAUCAAGUUCACCAUUCCGCCCCUCAAGGCCAGCGUGGUCACCAUCAGCGUCGAGGCGGUGGCGAUGAACUACGAGACUGUGAAGUACGACACGUACGGCGUGAAGAUCAACCAGCCCAAGAGCACGCUCUACCUCCAGGCCUGGUACUCGGCGAGCAACAACUUCAUCCAGGUCGAGCCGUCCAAGGGCCCCAUUCCCUGCGCGGGAAAAUACUCCGUGCGCCUGCGAUACACGGGCGAACCCGACACCCAGAAGCAGUUCCACUUCCAGGUCAUGGCUCGCGGCAAGAUACUCAAGGACAAGGUCGAGGAUGUCGCCUUCAAGCCCGACGAGGUGGUUCCAGUUGACGCCAGCUUCUUGGUGGAGGAAGACUUGAACGAGACCCUUCCCAGCAAUAUGGCAGAGGGCUCCGCGUCAACUGGCAGCUUCGAGUUUGAACUCGAACCGGACUUCAGCUACGUACCGCGAGUUAAAGUGCUGGUUUUCUACAUUCGUCCCGACGCUGAAGUCAUCGCGGACGCCGAGCAGUUCGAAGUGGAAAAGUGCCUCCAGAACAACGUAACUAUGAGAUUCGGCUCAGACACAGUCCAACCAGCGACUUCUGCCGCGAUCCACGUGAAUGGCUCUCCCCGUUCCUAUUGCGGUGUGGGCGUCGUAGACAAGAGUGUUCACCUUCUGAAGCAGGAUAAUCAACUGACCAAGGACAAAGUAUACGACAUCUUGAAGCGUUUGGACAUCACCCGAUACACGUGGCCGAAGCAGGCGUCCUACGACUAUUGCCGAAAGCAACUGGCGAAGAACCCACAGCAAUACAAGCGGAACAUCUGGAACGGACCGAGGUCUUCGAAUGUUGAAUACGUCGAUUCCAUCACAGCUUUUGACGAAUCUGGAGUGGUGGUCAUGUCAGAUCUGACGCUCGAAACAAGGCCGUGCAGAAAGAACAUCUACGACAGACCACCAUAUGCCCUCGCAGCGCCAGCGAGGCCCGCGCCGAGGCCGCUUGCAUUUGCGGCGGGUCCUCUGCCUCCAUCCGCGGUCGGCUUUUCCAAUCGCGUUGUAGGUGGCUUGCCCGGUGUUCCCGUCGCCUUGGACUCCGUGGCGCAGAGUGCUCCGUCGGGCAACAUCCCGGCAAAGUCGGCAGUGGAGGUGCGCACCUACUUCCCGGAGACUUGGCUGUGGGAACUCAAGGAACUCGACGAGCACGGCGAACUGAGCUUCAAGGAGAAGAUUCCGCACACCAUCACCGAGUGGGUGGGCAGCACCGUGUGCAUCAACUCUGAGGAUGGCAUCGGCGUCUCGGACCCGGCAAAGAUCAAGGCGUUCCAGCCUUUCUUCGCUUCCUUCAACCUGCCAUAUUCAGUGGUGCGCGGGGAGCUUGUGCCCGUCAAGGUUUCCGUGUUCAACUACCUCGAAAAGUGCCUACCGGUUGACCUGAAGUUGGCCGAGUCCGCUGACUACCACAUCGAGGGCGAGUCGGAGACAACCCUCUGUGUGUGCGGCAGCAAGAGCCAGGUGCACAAGUUCCAGAUCAGGCCGCAGACCAUCGGAGAGGUGAACCUGACUGUGUCGGCGGCCGGAUCGAACAGCGACACCACCUGCGGAGAGCAGCCCACGGAGAAGGUGGUGGCCAGGGAUGCCGUCACCAGGCCGCUCAUCAUUGAGGCUGAAGGUUUCGAGAAGGAAGAGACUCAGAGUGUCUUCGUAUGCCCUAAAGAUGCUGGAGAAGAGGGCGCGAAGAACGAGUUUGACUUGGUCCUUCCUGAAGAUUUAGUGGAGGGAUCGGCCCGCGCCUACGUUUCUGUGACAGGAGACAUUAUGGGUCCUGCCAUUAAGAACCUGGACUCGCUGGUGCAAGUGCCCACAGGAUGCGGAGAGCAGAACAUGGUGAAGUUCACGCCCAACGUCUACGUACUCGACUAUCUGAAGGCUACCGGAAAGAACCAGAAAGAGAUCGAGAGGAAAGCCGUGAACAACCUCAAGACAGGUUAUCAACGCCAGCAGAAAUACAAGCAUUAUGACGGCUCGUACAGUGCCUUUGGAAACAGUGAUUCAUCUGGCAGCAUGUUCCUUACGGCGUUCGUGGUGAAAUCAUUCAAGCAGGCCGAGAACUACAUAUCUAUUGACGCCGGAAACCUCAACGAGAGCAUUAAGUGGAUUAUCACUAAACAGAAGACCAACGGCUGCUUCCAGAACGUCGGCACUGUUCUCAGCUCUGGCCUCAAGGGCAAGGUGAACUCGACUGCUCCAGGUGCACUUACGGCGUACGUAUUGACAGCUCUGCUAGAGGGCGGCCUUGCCGACGCACAGGUCGUGGAGUCUGCGCUUCGCUGCAUCAGCGCUCAACGCGACCCGAGCGCCCAUAACCUGGCGCUCUCUGCCUACGCCGCUGCUCUGGCGGGACACGAGUCUGCCAAGGAGUACCUGGAAAAGCUGGAAUCUAUUGCUGUUCAUAAGGGUGGUCUCACAUACUGGAGCAACGCCGGCAAGAAGGGCCCUUCAGUGUCGGCCGAUGUGGAGACGGCGGCGUACGCGGUGCUCGCGUACCUCAAGCUCAACCCUCAAGAGAACCUUAACAAGGCGCAACCGAUUGUUCGCUGGAUGGCAACCAAGAGAAACAGCCGCGGAGGCUUCCUGUCUACGCAGGACACGGUCCUCGGUCUCCAGGCUCUCUCUGCGUUCGCCACUUUUGUCAGCAAGGACCCCGUGGACAUCACAGUUAAAGUCGAUGGCAAUGACGUUAGCGAGUCCUACGACCUGAAGGAGGACACCAAGCUGGUUGUACAGGAGAAGAAGGUCGUGAACUUGCCCAACAAGCUUACUUCCGAAGCGACGGGCCCCGGAUGCGCUUUGGUGUCGACUACACUGAAGUACAACGUCCACACUCCACCCAAGAGCGAAGGCUUUGAACUUACUGCCACUCCGACCCAGGAGGCAUCAGACUGCAACGACCACAAACUCAAAAUUUGCCUCAGGUACGAUGGCGAGCAGCCCUCUAACAUGGCAGUACUGGAGCUCAAGCUUGUGUCCGGCUACAUCCCUGAUGAGGACCACAUUUACAGCCUAUACCGAGAGAAAGACGUCAAGCUGAAGAGGCACGAAGUUGAGAAGAAUCAAGUGAACUUCUACUUUGAAGAAAUAACGUCAGAAAACAAGUGCUUCGACGUACGCCUUCACCGCGAGUUUGCCAUUGAAGACGCCAAGCCCGCUACAGUUAAAGUCUACGACUAUUAUGAGCAAGAAAACAGCAACUCUGUGCCCUACUCCCUCGUGGCGUCCUGCUAGUGAACAUCAACCAUCAAUUUUCACCUUUCUUUUUUCUUUUACUCGCGCUCUUUCGUUCGAACAAACGCGACAAGACAAUACGAGUCACAAACAGACCAUUACGUCAAACACGUAUUUACCUUCUAGCUAGUUUUUUUUUUUUUUUUUCACCAGAAUCAUGCUUUUUCGCUUCGUCUAUAGUGUUCACCACCAAAGGCUUUUUUAUACCGGUCACACUUUUUAAGACGAACGUACGAGUACUUAUACGUGCCAUGUUGCGAACCAAGACGGGGGAAAGAAACAAGGAAAUAAUGGCUUCCACCGCGCGCACCACGAAGCAAGACAACGGCCAACACGAUGUUUAAUUCUCAUCUCUGGGUAGGGGCGGAGGACUAACGAUGCGCCGCUGCUGUGUGCGUGUGUAUGUGUGUGCGUGAACAAAGUCGUGCAUUUGUGACGUCGCUGUGUUGAGUUUUCCGUAGAGCGUUUUGAUGAGCCGAGUGGAAGAGUAGCUUUAUAUAUUUUGUACUUGCGAGACGAUAAGCACGUUGUCAUCUGCGAGACUUCACUGUUACAAAUAGUGUCAUGAAGAGCAAAUAAAGCUAAAUUUUUCCACA